ACGUCAUAUAGCGGCAUAGAUAUUGCAGUUGGUGCUGAGGAGAGAGCAUCUGACCGACAUCAUUGAACAGAAGCCAGUGAUGGAGCAGAGAAGGUUCUGGAGCGGCCGCUCAUAGUCAGCUCCGCCAUGGUGGACUCGGUCCAAACUGCUGCGGACAGACAUGGGUCCGGUUCCCUGGCGAGUAAAGGGAAGAAAUCACCCAGAAAGGCGCGUUCCAGGCGAGGAAGACAAGGCAGGAAGAGGCGGAAUAAAAGGAAGAGGAACAACAGAACCCCGCCGCCCACCUUCCCCCCGGAGGCUGAGGAGGGAAACAUAGAGUAUAAGUUAAAGCUGGUUAACCCCACCCAGUACCGCUUUGAGCAUCUGGCCACCCAGCUGAAGUGGCGUCUGCAGGAGGGCCGCGGCGAGGCCGUGUACCAGAUCGGAGUAGAGGACAACGGCCUGCUGGUGGGUCUGACAGAGGCCGACAUGAGGGGAUCGCUGAAGACCCUGAAGAGGAUGGCAGAGAAGUAGGUGACCUCAGGCGACCCUG